UAAUGCACACAGUGCACAAGAAGUGAGAAAAAAAGAGUAAUUUUUCGAGUACAUCUUUUUUUAUUGCUGUGUGUCUACAGCAAAAUAAUCAUCGCCCUAAAAAGGAAUUUUAUUGAGAGAAAAAAAAACUUCAUCAAUCAUUUUGUUAUGAUUUUAUUCCGUCAAUUUUUCGAUCAUUUGAAAAUAAACGCGAAUAAAUUGUUUUGAUUGAAGGAUUGAAGUUGCUGUCGAAACAAAGUGGAAAAGUUCAUUUCUGUGCAUCGCAGAAAAUUGUGUUUGCUUUGAAUUUUUAAAGCAAAUGUGCAAUUUGUGAUUAAGAGUAAAACAAAGAGUCGAAAUCCGUUUUGAACAUUUUAUUGAGUACCCUUCAUAAUAAAAAAGAAUUAUUACACUGAUGAAUAUCGCUGAGAAUUGCAACGACAUUUCAUUGUGAUUGUGCCGUGCUGAAUGCAAAAAUGAAUGAUAUGACUGAACACAAUAGCAUGGAUUUUGAUCCAACCAACACUUUGAAACGUUGCAACAGUACACCAAUCAUAAAUCACAUACUACCUCCGACUAAUAAAGUCACUGUGUCAUCGACUGGCACCACAAAUACAAUGAAUAGCCCGACAACGAAUAGCCCAAAUAUUACUUCGACCACAUCUCGAUCAAGAGAUGCGUCACCAACACCAACUUUUAAUAUAUUUGCACCCAGAGCACGCCGAUAUUCAACCGGAUUUAGCCCAUUGGCCACAAAUCCAGGACCUUUGCCUCGAUUAACACCACGCGUUUCACAAUUGAGACAAGAAGAAUGCGCCGAUGUUACUAGCCGUGAAGUGAACCAUGAACGUGAAAUUCAUACUGCUUUGCAAAUCAGUCAAAGUUGGGAAGAUUUAACUUUGGAUGCAGAGCACUGGUCGUUUAAAAGUGAUACAAGCUCGGAUCUUACAAAUCCACUGCACGUGACUCUACCUACAGGCAUUAUUAGCUGUUCUAGUCCUUCACCAACAAGUAGUCGAGCUGGUUUGCGACUCCCACCAUAUGGAUUGUCUCCAUCGCCAACACGGCGAACUUUUCAAACCAGACGUUCAAUGUCACCAAUUGCGAUGCGGCCAAGUUCAUUGGGUCCGGUCAAACGAAAAUUCGAACUCGACGAUAAUUAUUCAAACAGCUAUUCGCCACCUCCAUUUAAAAAGAUCUUCACUGAAAGUAGUUCACGUGGCCAUUCACCAUGCCGCUCGCCAUUGUUAUGUCCCAGCCCCGAUUCGACGGAGGGUCGAACAACGCCAAAGUUUUAUAUAUCAAAAUUAUGCACAGCAAAUACAAAUUCAUCAUCGAGUCAUUCAUCGUCAUUAUCGGCUGCACCGUCGCCAAAUUCAUCAACAAGCGCCAUGGAAAUCCCAAUGGAUAUACCGAAUUUAUGUACAAAAGCGGCCAAUUCAGAUUUGAACAGUGAUCUGAGUGAUCUCGAUUUUGAUAGUGAUAGCCAAAAUAAACCAACGACACAAGACGCCGAUGAUAAAUCCGUUACACAAAAACGCGACGAAGCAUGCGAAAAAAUAAAGAAAUUAUUUUUGGCUCGUGUUAGUACCGAUAGCACCGAAACUGAUUGCAGCAGCAUUGAUUUUAAGCCACAAACAAAUACAGAUACAAUUGCAACCGCAGCGGCAGUUGCCUGCGAAUCGAAUUCGUUAAAUUUAAUCGACAAUAAAACGGAUGAAACAAUGGAAUGUGAUUCAUCGAAAAAAACGGACAGUUUUUGUAUUGUACAAAAUCUUGUCUCAUCGACUGACGAUAUUGAAUUGGCCAACGAGCACAACGACCGCAAAACGAUUGAUUUACGCGCUAAAUGUAUGCCAAGCAAUGACCGUAAUGUCACAGAUGCAGAUGUUGUUGUUGUUGUUGCUGUUGACACAUUAGGAAGCGAUUCGACUGAAAAUUCAACUUAGAGUUCUGUUUAAUUGUAUUUAGACCUCAAACGCAUCAUUUUAGUAUAAUAAUAUACACAAUGCAAAUUGAAUUUUAGCGUAUUAACGAAGUUUUACAAAAAUGGAAGCAUUAGCACAUGCGUUACAUACUAUAUUUAAAUAAACAAAAUUGUCGCUCAUCAUUUUUGAUUUAAA